AUGUCCCCAUGGCAGUUUAUACUCAUUGUCGCAGCUAGCUCCAUAGGAGAAGAGCUCUUUUACCGUGUUGAUGUACAGGGUGCUCUGUCUGAUAUGUUCUUGAGAGGAACACAGAUGAUGACAGAUUCAAGAGGCAUGGCAUCUCUGUUUGACGCAGAUCAUGAAUCAGUCAGGAAGUGCAUCAGGACGUAUGGACGGACUUGUAGCGGAGCUAAGUGGAGCUUAACGGAGCUAAAGGAAUGUUGCUGA